AUGGAAAAAAAAAAUAUUUGUAAAAUUGUCAUACUAAAGCACCACGACGUCCUACGUUCAACUUCACAAAGGAGAACUCUAAAAAUGACUGAAUUCGUCUACCAAGGGGACGACUUUGAAGACAAAGUUAGAAAACAAGUUGAAUUCUACUUUUCAGAUUCCAAUUUACAACAAGACAAGUUUUUAUGGAAAAUUUACGAAGCAAAUGAUGGAUGGGUUGAAUUAAAGACAAUCUUGACAUUUGGGAGAAUGAAGCAGUACAGACCAGAGGAAAAAGUCAUUGAAGCAUUGAAAUCAAGUAACAAGUUGGAAUUAUCUGCUAAUAAUGAUAUGAUUAAGAGGAAGGAUCCAUUGAAAGACUUCAAUGAAAUCAAAAACACUAAAAAGAGAAACACUGUACACAUUGAAGGAUUCCCCCACGAUUUAACUCAGGAACAAGUUGAAACAUGGUUCGAGGAGAAUAUUGCACCACAGUUACCCAAAGAAAAGGUUAUCAAUUCCGUACGUAGAAUCAAAAGCAGAGCAAAGAAGGAGUUUUUCGGUGUUGUUGACGUUGAGUUGACUAAUGAAGAAGAUGCUCAAUACUUAAUUAAAGAUGUGGAGAUUUCCUACGAUCAAGGAAUCCUUUCAAAAGAAGAAGCACAAAAUGUGGAUAAAAAGAACUUAUUAAAGAAAAUGUCUUUGUUGACGUUCCAAGAAAUGAGAGAAAGUGGUAAAAGAUUUGGUCAAAACGAAGUUACCAAGAGACGUAAUAGUUUCAAUGAAAAUAAUAAAGGUAAAAAACAAAAGGGAAACAAAGGUAAGAAUUUUGAUCGCAAAAAGGGUGGCGAUGGAUCUGAAUCCGCAGAAUCUAUUGAAAAGGAAACCAUUUCAGAAAGCGCCAUUGAAGAUGAUAAGAUUCCUGAGGAAGAGGAACGCAAAGAAUCAGGGGAAUCAAAAGAAAACGAGCCUAAAGCUGAGGCGAAAGACACCAAAGCUACAGAAGUCACUGACGCAAACAAUCAAGAGGCUUCGAGGGACGAUAACAAAGCGUAA